CGGGUGAGGGUGUGGUGCCCUGUGGGUGGCAGUCUGUCCUCAUCCAGGCCACUCCCCAGCGUUGCUCUGAGUACUGUUCCCAGGCGGAUGGGCAGCUGAGAGCAGGGCCACGGGUGCUGGGCUCGCAGGAAGCAGGGAGCCCCUGGGGGUCGACAGGGUCCAAGGGAGUCGCGUCCUGCCCUCAGAUCGUGCAGAUGAGUAACUACUGUGGGAUUGGCAUCGACGCAGAGCUGAGCCUGGACUUCCACCAGGCGCGGGAGGAGGAGCCCGGCAAGUUCACUAGCAGGCUGCACAACAAGGGCGUGUACGUGCGGGUCGGCCUGCAGAAGAUCAGCCACUCGCGCAGCCUGCACAGGGCCCUGCGGCUGCAGGUGGAGCAGCAGGAGGUGGAGCUGCCCAGCAUCGAGGGGCUCAUCUUCAUCAACAUCCCCAGCUGGGGCUCAGGGGCCGACCUGUGGGGCUCUGACAGCGACUCGAGGUUCGAGAAGCCGCGCAUGGAUGACGGGCUGCUGGAGGUGGUGGGGGUGACGGGCGUUGUGCACAUGGGCCAGGUCCAGAGCGGGCUGCGCUCGGGCAUCCGCAUUGCCCAGGGGUCCUACUUCCGUGUUACCCUCCUCAAGGCCACGCCCGUGCAGGUGGACGGUGAACCCUGGGUCCAGGCUCCCGGGCACCUGAUCAUCUCGGCUGCGGGCCCUAAGGUCCACAUGCUCAGGAAGACGAAGCAGAAGCCCAGGAAGGCAGGGCCGCCCAAGGACGCACGAGCAGAUGGGGCUCCAGCCCCCGAGGGGGACCCCAAGUAGUGGUGCGUCCUGGAGCAGCGGUCAGCGGCGGACAGAUGUGCCCACAGCCGUGGCCUCUGGCCUCCCUGUCUCUUCCCCAUGCCACGUGGAGACUGCUGGGUGGGUGGUGAGGGGCUCCCUAGGGCCCAGGUCGCUGUCCUGGAGGACACGCACCCCUCUGGAGCCCCUCUGCCACCUCUGGGCCCCUGAGCUGGGCAGCACCAGGCCUCAGCAGUGCCCUGAGACACUCCUGCAGGGCAGCUGGCUCUCUGUGCCUUGGGGGUGCCCAGCGCAGUCCCAGGACACCCCAGCCACUGGCUUCCCAGGCCACGCAGUGCCUGGCUGGCUCAUUCUGGAGCUCUGUGGGGACCCUGGCGUGACUGGGCUGGGAGAGGCAGGCCCCGAGGAAGCUGGGUGGGCCUGGCCCCCCGGGAGGUGUGUGGUGCCCGGAAGGCAACAGGAGCUGGCCCGGCCGGGACCCCCGAGGAAGUGAGGCAAGCGUGCGGCGGGAGAGGUUUAAUCGGCUGGGGAAAGCGCUUCGCCCCGACGUGUCAGCAGUCAGCACGCGGGUUCCGUGUCCACCGAGCAGACUCAUCUCUAUGCUUCUCCGCGUGGGGACGGGGGACGCAGAUGGGCUGCGGGGGGGUCACUCAGAGCCCCGGAGUCCAGCCGGCCCAGAGCCCUGUCUCGGCCCUGGAGGAGCCGGGCCCAGCUGCCUGGGGACCCCGAGGCUGGGAAGAGGGGUCCGGAGGCCCCUCUGCCUUGGCGCUGGCUCUGCCAGGCCCGCACCCUGGGUGGCGGCCUCACCCUGAGACUGGCCUCGAUCUCAGACACAGCCCUGCCCAGCCCUGUGCCCGCCAAGCUCGUGCCAAAGCUACCCAGACACGGGCACCACGAGGGCCGCAGGCCUCCAGUGCCCGGUGUGCGUCCCUCGGGCCUGCGCUCCUGGGGGUGGAGUCAGCUUCUGCUUUGCAGCUGCACCGGUUGAUGGGAACUGUCUGUCACUGUGGUUCGGGUGGACGAGCGCCCUGCGUGUAAGCGAGUCUGAGUCUGUGUGAGCUCUGCACCCCUCCCUCGUGUGUGACCUACCCCCUGAAGGUGACCGUAAUUUAUAUCUUGGACAAAUAGAGUCUGGGCACCCA